AUGCGAAACCAAAGACCCCGUUCUUCUGUACGUAUGGAAUCCGAGAACCAUGAACAUGGACACACUGUUGACAUAUCUGCAGCUCUUCCAUCUGAAGAGAACAACAGGCAAACUGUAAGCAAGGUUUGUGGUGGAGCACCAUGUGGAUUCUCAGACUCAAAAACCACCUCCAGGGAGGCAAAAGAAAGAUCAGCAUCAAUGUGGAAGCUCUGGUGCGGAGUGAUCCUGUGUGUGAUAUUUAUGAGUGUGGAAGUUGUAGGUGGAAUCAAAGCAAACAGUCUUGCAAUUCUUACAGAUGCAGCCCAUCUGUUAUCAGAUGUUGCAGCUUUUGCAAUCUCUCUGUUCUCUGUUUGGGCUUCUGGAUGGGAAGCCACACCCAGGCAAUCUUACGGGUUUUUCAGGAUUGAAAUCCUUGGGACUUUAGUUUCGAUCCAAAUCAUUUGGUUGUUAACUGGAAUCCUUGUUUAUGAAGCCAUUGAUCGUCUCCUUCAUGGCACUGUUGAUGUCGAAGGCAGUCUAAUGUUUGGCAUCGCGUCAUUUGGCUUGAUUGUCAACAUUCUCAUGAUGUUCAUACUAGGCCAUGAUCAUGGCCAUAGCCAUGGACAUGGACAUAGCCAUGGACAUGGACAUGAUCAUGAUCAUGAUCAUGGCGAAGAUGAUAUACAUAUCCAUGGAGUUAGUGUCACAACCCACGAACAUCAUGGUCAUGGUCAUGGUCAUGGUCAUGAUCAUGGUCAUGGUCAUGGUCAUGGUCAUGAACAUGAUCAUGAUGAAGGACAUAAUGAGCCUCUAUUGAAAACCUACUCAUCAAAAGAAACGAAGAAAAGGGGGAAUAUAAAUGUGCAAGGUGCGUAUCUUCAUGUUUUAGGGGAUUUAAUACAGAGUAUCGGGGUAAUGAUAGGGGCAGGGGUAAUAUGGUACAAACCAAGCUUAAAAGUAAUAGAUCCGAUAUGUACUUUGCUGUUUUCGGUGAUUGUUCUGUAUACAACAAUCAAUAUGCUUCGGGACAUAUUGGAGGUGUUAAUGGAGAGCACACCAAGAGAAAUCGAUGCAACAAGUCUUGAAAGAGGGCUUUGUGAAAUAGAAGAAGUGGUUGCGAUUCAUGAGUUGCAUAUUUGGGCAAUUACUGUUGGGAAAGUGUUGUUGGCAUGCCACGUCAGGAUUAGGCCUGAAGCUGAUGCUGAUAUGGUUCUUGAUAAGGUCGUGGAUUAUAUCAAAAGAGAGUAUAACAUCAGCCAUGUCACCAUUCAGAUUGAAAGAGAAUAA